AUGGAUUUGGAUACGCAGAGGGGUCUGCAGCUCACCGUGCACUGCAGCAGCUCUAAUCCGGUUAAAUGGACGUACCUUUUUGAAUUCGGGGGAAAUAGUCACCCGCAGGCGGCGGACACAUCCAUAGCGGAGAGCAAACGGCGUCCUCCUCCGCGCGGGUCUCCUCCAGCUGAAGCUCUGAGGAUUCCUGCGCGAGCUCCGGCCAACAGCACCUCCAGCCCCGGUGACGUCACGGGCACCUGGAAGGGCUCCCCUGCGCCCCCUGCAGGCCGCGCGGAGAACCGCAGCCCCGGCUGA